UGUUAUUUGAUCCGCUUUCCAGUUAAACAGAGUGUGGACCGGUUUAUCUACUCCACGUCAGAAAACACAACAUGGAUGGUGGGAUAUUGGAACCGUCACUCUAUUCAGUGAAGGCUAUUGCUAUCUUGGACAAUGAUGGAAACCGACUCGUUUCAAAGUACUAUGAUGAUACUUUUUCCACGGCUAAAGAACAGAAACAGUUUGAGAAGAACCUGUUUAACAAGACACACAGAGCUAACGCUGACAUCAUUAUGUUUGAGGGACUGACGUGUGUGUAUAAAAGCAAUGUUGAUCUGUUUUUCUAUGUUAUUGGUUCGGCUCAAGAAAAUGAAUUGUUACUGUCCAAUGUGUUGAAUGGCCUGUACGAUGCUGUCAGUCAGAUUCUGAGAAAAAACACAGAGAAACGAGCUCUUCUGGAAAACAUGGAUGCUGUGUUUUUAGCAGUUGAUGAAAUUUGUGAUGGAGGUAUUGUGUUGGAAGCUGAUCCAUCAGCGGUUGUCCAGAAAGUGGCCAUUAAAACUGAUGACAUUUCCCUCGGAGAGCAGUCUGUAACUCAGCAAAUAACUCGGAAAAUUGAGGUUCUUCAGUCUGCAAAGGAACAAAUCAAGUGGUCCCUACUAAAAUGAGAGAUUUCAUUGUCACUUCUUCAUUGGAAUUGGAAUCCGAUCUCACUGCAACUCUGCCUUCGUCUUCAGAGCUAUAAUAAGUGUUGAUACGGGAGAGAUAGUUGACCCCCCUCUCAAUAUGAAAAAACUACCAUUUC